AUGAUAAUUGCGGGGUUGAUGGCUGACCGAACUAGUGCCUUUAGCGUCGGCAUUGGCUGCCACAAGGCGAGUGGCGUGUCAAAUCCGGGCUCCGCAGGCGAGGCCUCGAGCCCCCAAACGAAUCAACGAGCUUGUCCUGGACAACAUAAAGACAUCGUCGAGCCGCAGGUAUCCACAAGCGACCAGGAAAUAAAUUGGGUGAUCUUCAGCGAUGCCUUGGCACGCGUGGCACGAACUAUCGUGGAACACCGUGUUCUGGUCGGCAUUUUGAACUCGUACUCCUAG